GAACAGACCAUAAAGAAAGCAUCGUUUUGAAUAAAUAAGGAAAUAGCCAAGUUCGGCGCUAGCCUUACCGCUCGACGUCGCGUCCGACGUCGCGUUCGGCGUCUUUGUAAAAACAAAGGGAACGGCAGGACCAACCCAUGAGUCUCGCAUGAUUCAGGAUUGGUUCAUGCUCGCCAAGAGUUUCCCUAUAUAAUAAUAUAAGGGACAGUCCUGAUGGGCCUAAACAGUCUUUGAUAUUACAUCAAAUCAAGCAAGCGAGAAGUUGGGCAAUCAAUAAAUAAUACUUAUUUCUUAAUCCCUGUGUUAAUGUCACAUAUUAUGAGUAGUAAACAAAACAUGAAAAUUGACACACGUAAUACUUCAAUACAAAAUUUUUACGCCGGACAGUCAGUCUUUAUUACAGGGGGCACCGGAUUUCUCGGAAAGGUUUUAAUUGAAAAACUGCUACGGAGCUGCUCCGACAUUAAAGCGAUAUAUUUACUGAUGCGUUCGAAGAAAGAUAAAAGUCCCGAAAGUCGACUGGACGAAAUGUUUAACAGUAUACUUUAUGAUCGAGUAAGAGUGGAAGAACCCAAUUUCCGUAAAAAAAUCGUACCAAUUAUGGGCGAUCUUGAAAUCGAAGACUUAGGACUAUCGAAAAAUGACAAGGAUAUAUUGAUACAUAAUAAGAUAUCAAUAAUUUUUCAUGUGGCAGCGAUUGUACGCUUCCAAGAAAAAUUCAAAGUUCCUACAAUAAUAAAUGUAAAUUCUACCGAUAUCAUUUUGAAUAUUGCUAAACGUAUGCCAAAUUUAAAG